CCGAUCUCACCCACCACCAUCCUCAACUGUUUUGCGGUCUCCUUUGCCUUUGGUUCGCCCGCAUCAAACCACUUCUGCUACAAUCAGUCCCUCUCAGCCCAAGGCAACAUCGCCCCUGCAUGCUGCCCCGCCAGACACCACAACAAUGCAACCUUCUAAUCUGCCCCAUCUCUCCAUCCGCCUGUUCCAACCAUUGUCCCAGUCGGACCUAUUCUAG